AUGGCCGUGCUCUGCCUGCGCCCCUGCUUCCUCCCGCAGUUGCCCCCUCGCCAUUCGGUGGACUUGAGCACGCCCGACAAGGUUGACGCAUUCUGUGUAGCUCUGCGGGAUGUCGACGCGCCCGCCACCUGGGAGAUGAAAAUGAUGCAAGGCGAGGUGCGCAGGCACGUGAAGGAGCAGGCCAGGCGCUUCAUUACCGGCCAGAUCGUUGAGGACACGUUCAAUAAGUGCAAUGCGAAGGUGUCCAAGCAGCAGAAUUCUUUGACGUGUGCCCGAUCGAUGCAUGCGACAGCAGUGGAUAGUAGAGUUAUUUCAGAAACACAUCAUUUCGUGGAGGUCAGCAAGAAUGAUGCACAGCUUGAGCGCAAUGUGGGGCUGUCCUCCACUGCCAACAAGCCGAAGCUCAUCAAGAAGGAGCUGGGCGACCUUACCCGCCAGCUCGGCAUCCACAGGGUGGCCACAUGUGCUGAUGCAGCGUGGCACUCCCCCACCGCGUCUGGCAUGACGGACCCGCUGGUGGACCUCGAGGUUUGCAGACAGGCGCAUCAGCAAGGACGGAUGGGCAUUCUGGAUAGGCAGUUCUACGCGCAGCUCGUGAACAAAAACAUCCUUCUUCGGAAGGUGGGGACUCACGAUUGGCUGUUUGGCAUGGGUUCUUUGGGCACAGGUCUUGCGGCGACGUGGCCAGCCAAGCUCGUCGCGCCGAACCUGCACGUCGCGGACAGCUACCAAGCGCGCCAACUUCAUGUUGUGCUUGAACCGUCUGAAUGGGAGGCAGUUCCGAUUCUUUGGAAGUCCCCCAUGCGCCAGGCCAUUGAUAUUGAGUAUUCCAAGCUUGAGGGAAGCGUCACGUACGGGGACCUCUUCAUCGCGGCGGCCCCCGCCGACACACCGCGGCCCCUUCUCGAGACCGCUGCCAGAUGUGCGUUUUGGUCUCUAUCGGUGAGCUGGCUGAAAGAGCUAGCGGAUUUCAGAGAGUACGAGUACGAGAACACGACGUUGGCGUCUCUAUUGAUGUGCCUGUGCAAGAACCUGAUAGUGGGGGUGACCGAUGAAGACCUGCUCCAGAUUUUGGAGUUGAGGCUCGGCACGUUCGACGCCGACGAAGGGUUCGAGGAGCUGAUCGACCUGGAGUGGGUGGCAGACUGCCUGGACGCUGCGACUGCGCAGGAGAUCGUCGACCAGGCGAAGUCCGCCAAGUCCCACAAGGCCUCGCGCGCUGACUUCAGCAACGAGGUCAGCGUCUUCAAGGACUUCUACUCCAAGGGCAGGCUGAGGUUGUGCCAGCCCUACGACUACGGCCAGUGCGUCGUGCGGGGCCCCGACUUCGAGAGCUCCGACUACGGGGACAUCGACGGGGGGAAGGGCCGCCUCGGCCUCACGGUGGUUCCCGACCGCGACACGAUCAUGGAGUGGACCGCCAUCAUGUUGUGGGGCUCCGAGUUGGGCUACGGCCCAAAUAAUUCAGUCACGGGGUGGUGCGAAUCGGGCUGGUGGCCAACCCGAAGUAUUCCAGUAUAUUUCCCGCGGAACGGCAAGACUGAGCAGUUCAAAGCCGCUGAUGAGGGCUGCUGGGACCUGAUGGUGGUCAAAGGGAUGUCGACCCAUGGGGCCGCCGUCAGAGUGAUGCACCUGAACGGUUUGCUUGCCGACGUGAAGUGGGCGUUGCUGGAGUGGGCGCCGAAGGAGAUGAUGAGGCUCAGGCACGUGAUCAAGCGCGACUGCUGCAUGGAAGUGAUCAACAGCCUGCUCGGGUUGACGGAGUCGUGGGUGGAGGCGAGCAUCCAGCAUGUGAUCCAAGGGGAGGUCGACGUUCAGGUCCCCCGCGCGCUGGCGGUGUCCAAGAGCAACCCCAAGGACCCCGAGAACUCCAGCAAGCGCAAGCGGCUGCAGAGCCAGGAUGACGCCUCGAGGAUUAACAAGAAGGUCUAGGUGUGCUGGCGCCAGCGCGGGGGUCGGGGAUGACACGGUGGUCUGACGUUGCGUUGUCGCUCGGGGGAGCGCGUGCGCUCUGGCGGCCGUCGUGCAGGGAAGUGAUCGGAUC